GAUAUUCUUGAAAUUUUCAAACAGGUAAAAAUCAACAUUCCUUUGUUGGAUGCAAUCAAACAAAUUCCAUCAUAUGCUAAGUUUUUGAAAGAUUUAUGCACAAUGAAGCGUACGAUGAAGGUGCAGAAGAAGGCUUUUCUCACUGAGCAGGUAAGCGCCAUCCUCCAGAACAAUUCUCUUCCUAAGUAUAAAGACCCGGGUUGUCCAACAAUUUCCUGCGUGAUUGGAAAUUUUAGAAUUGAAAAAGCUUUACUUGACCUCGGAGCUAGUGUUAACCUCCUACCCUACUCGGUAUAUGAGCAGUUGGGUCUUGGUGAAAUUCCUCACAUUUGGACUCAACAAGAUAAUAGGAAAUUUUUUGUGGAGGUAAGAAAAUUCUUUUGGGAUGAUCCAUAUCUGUUCAAGUAUUGCCCAGUUUGGGCAUACCGUACUGCUUUUAAAACCCCGAUUGGUAUGUCCCCAUAUCGACUCAUUUUUGGAAAGGCAUGUCACUUACCUGUGGAAUUGGAACACAAAGCUUACUGGGCAAUCAAGAAAUUUAAUUUUGAUUUGGAUAAAGCUUGCUCUCUUCGUAAGUUUCAGCUUAAUGAGUUGGAAGAAAUCAGGAAUGAAGCUUACGAAAACUCUCGUAUUGCCAAGGAGAGAAUGAAAAUUUUUCAUGACAAAAAUAUUUUUCGAAAAUCUUUUGAGCCUUCACAAAAAGUUUUGUUGUAUAAUUCAAGGCUCCAUUUGUUUCCUGGCAAACUUCGAUCCCGAUGGAUUGGUCCCUUUGUUGUAAACACUGUUUAUCCUUUUGGGGCCAUUGAGAUAGAAAAUCCAGAGAAUGGUAAUGUUUUUAAGGUUAAUGGACAAAGAUUGAAACCAUAUUUGGAUGAUUUUACUCCAGAGGAAUUCUCCUCCUCCCUGCUUGCCAUGAAUUGCUUGGAGAAUAGGCAGGCCAACUCCCCAAAACUUUCUAUAAAGCCGGUUGCCAAGGAACCAAACCACACCCUCGCUACUCCCUUUAAGGUUAAUGGGGGAAGGCUCUAUAGGCCUCCUCUUCAUGGAAACCAUGCAAGGUCAUGUGCACCUUGA